UGUUUAUUUAAAAGAAAAAUUGCUUGGCUCCUUUUUGGACCGCGUCAGGAACCUUUGGACUUGUAAUUGAACUGUACGAUAUGAGUUAUGAGACUGAUUCGGUUGCUGGCCCACCCACCCUCUCCCUACCAAAGCGCUACUGUUUCCUCUCCUCUGUUAUCUUCCUCUUCCUCUUCCUCUUCCUCAUCCUCUUCCUUCCAAAGCCAGACUUGCAUCGAUAAAUAAUUCCUUUAUUUUUCUUAAAAAAAAAACUAGUCUAUCUGUGUAUGGUCUCUCUCUCUCUCUCUCUCUCUCUCUCUCUCGCUCGCUCCUAUCUGACUCGAUUGUUUUAAGAAUCAUUUUUUAUAUUGUCUGGCUCCUUCUGUACAAAAGUGUCCUGACCGCUAAAAUGUUCCGGUUUCCUUCAUCUACCUCCCUUCUUCUGCUACUAUUUUCUUGACCAACCUGAUUUUUAGCAAGUGCCCUUGAGUUUUCCUAGGUGGUUUUUUUUGUGUCCUGUUCUUUUUAGCGUUUCGGUUAUGGGAGCUAGGGUUUGGCCAAGGCGGAUCGUGACCCUCUGCGUGAUGGUGAUGAUUUGGGGGAGCUUAAGUUCCGCCGCCGCCGACCCUAGUAGUAGGGUUUCGAUGUGUCCUAGAGAGUCCGUUGUAGAUUUGAUCUUUGGAUUUCUAGAUCGGGGCUGUGUCGGAUAUGGGAGUGUUGAAUCUCCUGAUUUCGUUGGGGUCACCGAGGGCGAUGAGGUUUCCUUGCAAAAGGCAUUGAGUAUGGUUUACAAGAACAGUCACCAGUAUGUAGCUGUGCUCUUCCAUGCAUCAUGGUGCCCAUUCUCUAGGACUUUUAAACCAAGCUUCUCCCUUCUUUCCUCUUUGUUUCCUUCCAUCCCCCAUUUUGCAAUUGAAGAAUCAUCCAUUAGGCCAAGCAUACUCUCAAAGUAUGGAGUCCAUGGAUUUCCAACUUUAUUCCUUCUAAAUUCUACUAUGCGUGACCAGUACCGCGGAACCCGGUCUUUGGGUUCUCUUGUUGCUUUCUAUGCUGAGGUUACAGGUGUCAAGGCUGCAUCAUUAAAUAAAGGAUCCCUGGACAAAAUUUUACGUCCAUCAAACCAUGAAAAGCGUAGUAGCAAUGACCAGGAGAGCUGUCCAUUCUCAUGGGCAAAAUCUCCAGAGAAUCUGUUUAGACAAGAGACUUAUUUGGCUUUGGCAACUGCUUUUGUGUUUUUGAGACUGAUUUAUAUAUUCUUCCCUACUCUGCUUGUAUUUGCUCAAUUUGCUUGGCGAAGGCAUAUCCAGAACUUGAGAUUGGGGAUCUUCUUGGAGCAUCCUCGGACCUAUCUAAAUGGAAUAAUGCAACUAUUCAAUUCUCUGAAAGAGCCUUGCAGGAAAAGUAAUCUACAAGAAGGAGCGAUGAAUGCAAGGGCAUGGGCUUCAAAGUCCCUGGCUACAGUAUCAAUAGGGGAUGCAAGCACCAGCAGGGGUGCACCAUUAAGUGAAUGCCGCUGAUUUUUCUCUAGUUGAAGAGUUCUAUUGAAGUUCCUGGUUAGAGUUUAGUUUCAGGUCCAGUGUUUGUAACAAUGUGAAAUAUGUUGACAUUGUAGUAUCCAUUUCUUUUCUCAUUUGUCCAUAUUAUUUUAUUUUGCCAUUUAAGAAGCAGUAAUUGAAAUCUAAUUUGUGUAGAUAUGAUACCAAGUCUUUGUCUUGUUA